CUCUCUUCGCCCGGAGGAGUGCUCAGCGAGUAUCCUGACCUCAUUGGCGCUGCGGUCGUUUUGUCGGUCGGCAUAGUUUCCUGUUUUGGGAUUCAGGGCAGUUCUCUCGUCAACAAUAUUUUCACAGGCAUCAAUCUUCUCGUCAUCUUCGUCGCCUCCAUUUUCAUGCUCGUCUACGCUCGCCCUGAAUAUCUUCUGCUCCCUGUCCCGGCCAACAUGAGUAUGAUUUCAUCAGCCCUUGGCAGCCAUGCCCUUGUGCCGGGCGCUCGGUUUCUACCCUUCGGAGUGCCCGGCCUGUUGGCUGGUGCAGCAACCUGCUUUAAUGCCUUUAUUGGCUUCGACAUGAUCUCGACAUGCGCCGAGGAGGCAGCCGACCCAGCGCGCAGCAUGCCACGAGCGAACGCGUUUGCAGUCGCCUUCGUCAGCUUGAUUAUCAGCAUUUGCUCACUCGCUCUUGUGCUUUAUGUGCCCUGGUACACCGUCGACUAUGGGGCCCCAUACCUGCUCGCCCUGUUGAACGGUGUCAGCGUUGGAGGAGGCUCAGAAGAGGCGAGAACUGGCAUGUUCUUUUUCAUUGGGGCCGGCUGCCUCCUCGGCCUGACAGCCAGCCUCCUCUCUUCCAUGAUUGCAGCACCGAGGAUCACUUACGCCAUGGCGCAGGAUGGAAUUGUAUUUCGCAUCCUCAGCCACGUCUGUCAGCCAUUUAAGGUGAUUUCUGGACAUAAAAUGAGCCCAUGUUGGGGACAAGUCUGA